AUGGCACGUCCACGCGCCCAUUCAGGUGCCGAGGCCUCCAAAGAGCCUCAUUCAGUCUCCUUAAAAGCAAUAUGCGUUCCUGUAGAUAUUAACUGCCGAUCUGACUUUAAAAGCCUAUCGCGGCCUUCUCUGUCCUACCAGUACCCCCUUCCGGAAGCAAACACGAAGAUCUCCAACAAAGCAUCUUUGAGUUAUCCUUCCGAUAGUGUGGACAAACAGUUUAUUCUCGCCCCUAAUCUUACAUUACCUCCUGCAUUUGGGUCUGCUUAUGUUGGAGAAACAUUUGCUUGCACUCUUAGUGCGAACAAUGAGCUCGCAGAAGAUGAGACCUCGCGCGUUGUCACAUCAGUCCGUAUCGUGGCGGAGAUGCAAACUCCAUCCCAAGUAGCAUCUCUGGAGCUAGAGCCAGCAGAUGACGCGCCCGCGAGAGAUGGCCUACAAAAAGGGCAAUCAUUACAGAAGAUCGUACGAUUUGAUCUCAAGGAAGAAGGGAAUCAUAUCUUGGCGGUCAGUGUCAGCUACACGGAAACGCUGAUUGGAUCAGACUCGCAAGCGGCCAGUGGGCGAGUGAGAACUUUUCGCAAACUUUAUCAGUUUGUUGCACAGCCUUGUCUUAGUGUUCGGACAAAAUCAUCCGAAUUAGCCCCAUUAGAGGUUGAAAACAAGUCCCUAGGGCCUUAUGGAAAGACUCGGCUGCUCCGAUUUGCCCUCGAAGCGCAGUUAGAGAAUGUGGGUGAUGGAGCUGUGGUGGUGAAGCAAACAAAACUGAAUCCUAAACCUCCGUUCAAGGCAACCUCCUUGAACUGGGAUCUUGAGAGGCCGGAUCAGUGCGAUUCACAACCACCGACAUUAAACCCACGUGACGUCCUCCAGGUUGCGUUCCUCGUUGAGCAAGAAGAAGGACAGCAGGAAGGGCUAGAUGCCCUACAGAAAGAUCUAAAACAUGACGGACGGGCAGUUCUAGGGCAAUUGUCCAUCGAGUGGAGGGGAACUAUGGGGGAUAAAGGGUUCUUGACGACCGGAAACUUAUUGACGCGAAGACGGUCAUAA